AUCAGGCCUUGGACUCGUCUCUUUCCUCGGGCUCAAGCGCUCGGCGGCGGCCGGCCGCCGGCGGGGUGGCGCGGCCGAGGCCCGAGGGGGAAGGAGACGGCGGCGGUGUGUGGCGUGGCCGGUACGCCUCCAUGCCUUAUCGGUGCUCGUGUUCCUUCGCGUCGAGGAGUGGGGAAGCGGCUGGAGAAAUGGCUCUCCGGCUUCCGGCGGCGAGGCCGCCAUGUUCGCCUAGAUGAUUAACAUCGUUGAGCCCGGCGUUGCUGUGUUCGGGAGUCGGGGACAUCAGCAGCGGCGGCGCUUCGUCUCCCAGAUGGGUGAAGACAGCAACAAACCCAUCCCCGUGUUCAUCUGCCCUCUUCCAUGGUCAUUACCUACUCUCCAUUUAUGCCUGGUUCCCCUACAUUUGCUCUCAUUCGUCAUGCAAAUUUUCAGAUUCCUUUUAGCUUUCUUCCUCGCAGACCUCUCAUCAGGAGGUUCUGUUGGGUGGAUGGUGCUGUACCCUUUGAGCUAGGUAGGUAUGGCUGAUGUUCUUUGAUUUUGAAUCUUGUUUACAGAAAUGACUCUCCGUGAUCUUCUUGGAUUUUUUUAUCUAUAUCGUUUAUUAUUGAAACUAGGUGAUUUAAGAAACAAGAAAUGAGAUGGAUCAUUUUUAUAUGAAGGAUAAGAACAUAUUUCAUAGAGCCCAUUUCACAUAAUGUAUUUUGAUCUCCCUUGAUAAGAUAUAAAACAAAGGAAGGAAGACAUCAAAUGUGUUGUUAAAAUGACCCUGUCAACUCAGUCGGCCUACAUUUGGUCUCCCUUGAUUUUCCAAUGUAAAACAGGUCUUGGCUCAUCUAUAAAGUAUGCAUUGGUGCAGAGCUCCAGAGCGACAGAAGUAAGGCUUAUCAGAAGAAACUAUAGGGCGGAAAGCAAACAAAAAAAACUGUCACGUUAUUGCAUUUUUUCAGUCAGGAAAUGGGCCUGUCAAUCUCAUACCCGCCAGAUGACUACCUGCCUACGGAAGAGGACACAGACCAGAUGUUUGUUCGGUCUCUCAGCUCUGACAAUCUCAGCACCAUUGAGACCUUUGAGUCACCACCGGCAUUACUCGACUCCCUGAGUUCCCAAAGGCCUAUCAUAAAAGAAUCCUUUAACUUCAAAAAAAGUGAGGGUGAUCCAUUUCAUGUUGAAACUACAGUAUCCUUGAUGAGUCCUAAACCCGGCAAGGAGAAGAGUUGCACCCAUAAACGCACUAUCCUACCAAGAUAUGGGUCAAUGGAAUACUUGCCACCACAUUCUCCAGUGGUUGGGAUGAUCAGCCCGAAGCACCAGGCCGCAGCAGUAAGAGUGCAGAAGGUAUACAAGAGCUUCAGGACUAGGCGGCAACUUGCUGAUUGCGCUGUUCUUGUUGAACAACGCUGGUGGAAACUGAUAGAUUUCGCACUGCUCAAGCACAAUUCAGUAUCCUUUUUUGAGGAGGAGAAGCCAGAAUCUGCCCUCUCAAGGUGGUCUCGGGCUAGAACGAAAGCUGCGAAGGUAGGUAAAGGUCUGUCGAAGGAUGAAAAGGCUCAGAAGCUCGCUUUGCAGCACUGGCUCGAAGCUAUUGACCCUCGGCAUCGGUAUGGUCACAACCUCCAUUACUACUACCAACAUUGGCUUCACUGCGAAAGCAAACAACCUUUCUUCUACUGGUUGGAUGUGGGUGAAGGAAAAGACGUAAGUAUGGAGGACCACUGCCCUAGAUGGAAGCUGUUGCAGCAAUGCAUCAGGUAUCUUGGCCCUAAAGAGAGGGAGUUCUAUGAGGUAGUAAUUGAGAACAAGAAACUGCUGUACAAGAUGAGCCGCAAGAUUGUCGACACUUCUGAGGGCCCCAAGAAUUCGAAAUGGAUCUUCGUGUUGAGCACAACAAGAGUUCUAUACAUUGGCACGAAGAGCAAGGGCACAUUCCAGCACUCCAGCUUCCUUGCUGGUGGAGCCACAUCUGCUGCCGGGAGACUAGUUGUAGAUAAUGGAAUCCUAAAGGCUGUCUGGCCACAUAGCGGGCACUACCGUCCUACGGAGGCAAACUUCCGCGAAUUCAUGAUGUAUCUGAAGAAGAGAAACGUAGAUCUUGCCAAUAUCAAGUUGAGCCCAUCAGAAGACGAAGAGGACGAGUGUCUCAGGUCCAGGAGUGGCCGCUCCCAGCUCGAGCCAACCGAGCCAGGAAAGCCUGAGAAGGAAGAAGACGCCACGGCCGACGACAAUGGCACUACCACCGUGGCCGCGCAAGCCGCGCCACCCUCCACCACCGGCGGUGAGCCAGCCACGCCGGUGAUGAAGAGGUCAUCCUCCGGCAACCGCCUGCAGCGCAAGCGGCCGCCGAGGCUGACGCUGGACAAGAGCCGGCUGGCCAAGGGCGUGGCGGAGCAGGACGCCGGGUCGUUCGGCGACCGCCUGGACUUCUGCAAGGUGAACCUGUUCCGCGGCGGCGAGGAGGCGGAGGAGGCGGUGGUGGUGCCGCAGGAGAAGAUCCUCCGCCGGCUCAACUCCAGGAUGACCAUGAACUCGUACCAGCUCGGGAAGCAGCUGUCGCUCCGGUGGACCACCGGCGCCGGGCCGCGGAUCGGCUGCGUCCGCGACUACCCGCCGGAGCUCCAGUUCCGGGUGAUGGAGCAGAUCAGCCUGACUCCGCGCGGCGGCGCCGGGCCACUGAGGCUCGGGUCGACGGCGACCCCCCGGCAGAGCCCCUGCGCGCCGCUCCCGUCGCCGGCGCCGCUCUACGCCGCCGCCGGGACUCCCACCUCGCUGCUGCAGCACGGUGCAGCCUAAAAGUCCUUACUUUGUGGGCGUAUUCAGAGUUUCAGACAGUAUAAAAUUCGAGCCAAUAACCAAUCCAUGCAUCAAUUCAGCUAAUAUUAUCGAGCACAACCAUGUCACAUUGCAUCAAGUGAAA